CCCCAUGGCGACUGGGCUGUAUAUAGGCAGCCGCCGCCGCCCGCACCGCAGGUUCUCUUACAUCGACCGCCUUAGAGUCGCGCUGUAAGAAGCAGCUGCCUCCCUCCGCUCCUCCGCCCGCAGACCCACCGCGUGUAGCAGCAACCAUGCGUGAGUGCAUCUCCAUCCACGUGGGCCAGGCUGGUGUCCAGAUCGGCAAUGCCUGCUGGGAGCUCUACUGCCUGGAACACGGCAUCCAGCCCGAUGGCCAGAUGCCAAGUGACAAGACCAUUGGGGGGGGAGACGACUCCUUCAACACCUUCUUCAGCGAGACCGGCGCUGGCAAGCACGUGCCCAGGGCCGUGUUUGUAGACCUGGAGCCCACGGUCAUUGAUGAAGUUCGCACUGGCACCUACCGCCAGCUCUUCCACCCUGAGCAGCUCAUCACGGGCAAGGAAGAUGCCGCCAAUAACUAUGCCCGCGGGCACUACACCAUCGGCAAGGAGAUCAUUGACCUGGUCCUGGACCGCAUCCGCAAGCUGGCUGACCAGUGCACGGGGCUGCAGGGCUUCCUGGUUUUCCACAGCUUUGGUGGGGGGACCGGCUCUGGGUUCACCUCCCUGCUGAUGGAACGCCUCUCUGUGGAUUACGGCAAGAAGUCCAAGCUGGAGUUCUCCAUCUACCCGGCCCCCCAGGUCUCCACAGCUGUGGUGGAGCCCUACAACUCCAUCCUCACCACCCACACCACCCUGGAGCACUCCGACUGUGCCUUCAUGGUGGACAACGAGGCCAUCUAUGACAUCUGUCGUAGAAACCUCGACAUUGAGCGCCCCACCUACACUAAUCUGAAUAGGUUGAUAGGUCAAAUUGUGUCCUCCAUCACAGCCUCCCUGCGGUUUGACGGAGCCCUGAAUGUUGACCUGACAGAGUUCCAGACCAACCUGGUGCCCUAUCCCCGCAUCCACUUCCCUCUGGCCACUUACGCCCCCGUCAUCUCUGCUGAGAAAGCCUACCAUGAACAGCUUUCUGUAGCAGAGAUCACCAAUGCGUGCUUUGAGCCGGCCAACCAGAUGGUGAAAUGUGACCCUCGCCACGGGAAAUACAUGGCUUGCUGCCUGCUGUACCGUGGCGACGUGGUUCCCAAAGAUGUGAAUGCUGCCAUUGCCACCAUCAAGACCAAGCGUACCAUCCAGUUUGUGGACUGGUGUCCCACUGGCUUUAAGGUUGGCAUUAACUACCAGCCUCCCACUGUGGUGCCUGGUGGAGACCUGGCCAAGGUCCAGCGAGCUGUGUGCAUGCUGAGCAACACCACAGCCAUUGCCGAGGCCUGGGCUCGCCUGGACCAUAAAUUUGACCUGAUGUAUGCCAAGCGUGCCUUUGUUCACUGGUACGUGGGUGAGGGCAUGGAGGAGGGAGAGUUUUCUGAGGCUCGUGAGGACAUGGCUGCCCUGGAGAAGGAUUAUGAGGAGGUGGGUGUUGAUUCUGUGGAAGGAGAGGGUGAGGAGGAAGGAGAGGAAUACUAAAAAAUGUCACAAAGGUGCUGCUUUUACAGGGAAGCUUUUUCUGUCUUAUACAUUGAAAACGAGGGGUCUGAUCAGUUCAUUUAUGUAGCAGUGUAUGCUCUCAUAUGAUUACUGACUUUUGCUUUAAAACAUGAAUGAUUCAC